AUGUUGCAACUGGAUGUAGAACUUGAAGAAGAAGCUGAUGACAUUGAUGUUGUGGAGGUAGAUGUUAAAGUAGAGGGUGAAGAAGAUCAUGUAAAAAUGGAAAGGGAAAGGUGGUCUAAGGUAUGGAAGUAUUAUACUAGACUUCCAAUUGGUGCAGAUGGUAGGGAAAGGGCUGAAUGUGAUAAGUGCAAAAAAAGAUACAUUUGUGAAACAAAAAAUGGAACAGGUAGCUUGAGAAAUCACAUUGCAAAGUGUCCAAGAAGGGACAAAAGUGACAUAGCACAAUUCAGUUUUGCAAAAUCAGGUGGUUCAAUUUCAAUAAAUUCCACAGUUUUUAAACCCGAAAGAUUCCGUGAACUUAUUAGUGAAGCUAUUGUCAAGCAUGACCUUCCCUUUAGGUUUGUAGAGUAUGAGGGUAUUAGAGAAAUCUUUAGUUACUUAAAUGAAAAAGUUACCACAAUUACUAGAAACACCGCUAAAGAAGAUGUGCUGAAUUUGUUUAAAAGAGAAAAAGGAAAACUCAAGAAAUUGUUUGAGUUACUUCCUGGUCGAAUUUCAUUAACUGCUGAUUUGUGGUCUUCUAUUAACACAGAUGGUUUCUUGUGUGUUACUUCUCACUUUAUUGAUGAGGAGUGGAAGUUGCAAAAAAGAAUUUUGAACUUUCAAUAUAUGCCACCUCCACAUAAUGGCGUAUGUUUGACCGAAACAAUAUCUACUUUAUUGACCAAUUGGGGGAUUGAUAAAAAGUUGUUUACAAUCACGUUAGAUAAUGCUGCAAGUAAUGAUACUUUUGUCAAUCUCCUAAAAGGUCAAUUAUGUAAUGAAGGUGCACUUCAUAGUAACGGAGAUUAUUUUCAUGUUCGAUGUUGUGCUCACGUGUUGAAUUUAGUUGUGCAAGAUGGCUUGAAGGCUAUUGAUGAAGGGAUUGUCAAAAUUAGAGAAUCUAUCAAGUACGUGAAGGGAUCUUCAGUAAGGAAAAGAAACUUUCUGAAUUGUGUGAAACAGGUUAAUUUGAAUCCAAAUAAAGGCUUGCGACAAGAUGUUCCAACUAGAUGGAAUGCUACUUUUCUUAUGAUUGAAAGUGCCCUUUUUUAUCGUCGUGCUUUUUUCCGUUUAGCACUAAGUGAUUCUAAUUACUUAGAUUGUCCAAGUAAUGAAGAAUGGGGCAAAUUAGAAAAGAUUUUCAAAUUUUUGGAAGUAUUUUAUGAAGUCACAUGCAUUUUUUCUGGAAAUAAGUAUUGCACAGCAAACUUAUAUUUUCCUUCAGUUUCCACGGUUGAAAGAACUUUAAAAGAAGAAAUAGAAAGUUCGGAUACGUUUAUAAAGAUAAUGGCUUGCAAAAUGUAUGAGAAGUUCUCUAAAUAUUGGUCCGAGUAUAGUCCAAUUUUGGCCAUGGCUGCAGUUUUGGAUCCACGUUAUAAAAUGCAAUAUGUUGAGUUUACUUACAAAAAACUCUAUGGAAGCAGUUUUCGUGAGCAUAGUGAUUGUAUUCGGGAGAAGUUACAUGAUCUAUUUGGUGAAUACGUUAUUGAAUCACCCAUGGCUUAUAGAGCAUCAACCAUUUCAACAAGUGAUUCAACCGUUCAGACAAUCGCAAUUGACUCAUAUACUUGCUUUAUUGCUUCUCAAAUCUCAACCACAAUUGACGCAAGAAAGUUUGAUAAGAAAAUCGACAUGAAGAGGGCAAAGCUUGAUAAAACACAUAAUACAAAAAAGGCAAAGCUUAAUAAAACAGAUACACAUUCUGCAACUGUAGCUCCUCAGGAUGUAGAACUUGAAGAAGAAGCUGAUGACAUUGAUGUUGUGGAGGUAGAUGUUAAAGUAGAGGGUGAAGAAGAUCAUGUAAAAAUGGAAAGGGAAAGGUGGUCUAAGGUAUGGAAGUAUUAUACUAGACUUCCAAUUGGUGCAGAUGGUAGGGAAAGGGCUGAAUGUGAUAAGUGCAAAAAAAGAUACAUUUGUGAAACAAAAAAUGGAACAGGUAGCUUGAGAAAUCACAUUGCAAAGUGUCCAAGAAGGGACAAAAGUGACAUAGCACAAUUCAGUUUUGCAAAAUCAGGUGGUUCAAUUUCAAUAAAUUCCACAGUUUUUAAACCCGAAAGAUUCCGUGAACUUAUUAGUGAAGCUAUUGUCAAGCAUGACCUUCCCUUUAGGUUUGUAGAGUAUGAGGGUAUUAGAGAAAUCUUUAGUUACUUAAAUGAAAAAGUUACCACAAUUACUAGAAACACCGCUAAAGAAGAUGUGCUGAAUUUGUUUAAAAGAGAAAAAGGAAAACUCAAGAAAUUGUUUGAGUUACUUCCUGGUCGAAUUUCAUUAACUGCUGAUUUGUGGUCUUCUAUUAACACAGAUGGUUUCUUGUGUGUUACUUCUCACUUUAUUGAUGAGGAGUGGAAGUUGCAAAAAAGAAUUUUGAACUUUCAAUAUAUGCCACCUCCACAUAAUGGCGUAUGUUUGACCGAAACAAUAUCUACUUUAUUGACCAAUUGGGGGAUUGAUAAAAAGUUGUUUACAAUCACGUUAGAUAAUGCUGCAAGUAAUGAUACUUUUGUCAAUCUCCUAAAAGGUCAAUUAUGUAAUGAAGGUGCACUUCAUAGUAACGGAGAUUAUUUUCAUGUUCGAUGUUGUGCUCACGUGUUGAAUUUAGUUGUGCAAGAUGGCUUGAAGGCUAUUGAUGAAGGGAUUGUCAAAAUUAGAGAAUCUAUCAAGUACGUGAAGGGAUCUUCAGUAAGGAAAAGAAACUUUCUGAAUUGUGUGAAACAGGUUAAUUUGAAUCCAAAUAAAGGCUUGCGACAAGAUGUUCCAACUAGAUGGAAUGCUACUUUUCUUAUGAUUGAAAGUGCCCUUUUUUAUCGUCGUGCUUUUUUCCGUUUAGCACUAAGUGAUUCUAAUUACUUAGAUUGUCCAAGUAAUGAAGAAUGGGGCAAAUUAGAAAAGAUUUUCAAAUUUUUGGAAGUAUUUUAUGAAGUCACAUGCAUUUUUUCUGGAAAUAAGUAUUGCACAGCAAACUUAUAUUUUCCUUCAGUUUCCACGGUUGAAAGAACUUUAAAAGAAGAAAUAGAAAGUUCGGAUACGUUUAUAAAGAUAAUGGCUUGCAAAAUGUAUGAGAAGUUCUCUAAAUAUUGGUCCGAGUAUAGUCCAAUUUUGGCCAUGGCUGCAGUUUUGGAUCCACGUUAUAAAAUGCAAUAUGUUGAGUUUACUUACAAAAAACUCUAUGGAAGCAGUUUUCGUGAGCAUAGUGAUUGUAUUCGGGAGAAGUUACAUGAUCUAUUUGGUGAAUACGUUAUUGAAUCACCCAUGGCUUAUAGAGCAUCAACCAUUUCAACAAGUGAUUCAAGUAAAAGUGUUUACAAAAAGAAAGAUGACACAACACUUAGUAAAAGCACGAGAGAAAUGCUACAAGAGUUCACAGUGUAUGAAACUAAGGAGUUUGCUUUGUCUCAAAAAUCACAAUUAGAGAUGUAUCUAGAUGAGCCAAGAAGUGACAUAACUGAAGAUAUAAAUGUACUUUCUUUUUGGAAAGCCCAUCAAUAUCGUUAUCCGGAACUUGCUUCCAUGGCUCGAGAUAUUUUGAGCAUCCCUGUUUCCACUGUGGCAUCCGAAUCAGCCUUUAGUAAUGGUGGUCGUAUUCUUGAUCAAUAUCGAAGUUCGUUGAAACAUGAAAAUGUUGAAGCUCUAAUUUGUGCAAAAGAUUGGUUGUUUGGGAUUAAAGGUGAUGAAGAGUUAUGUUUACAAGAUCUUACCGAAGAUGUUAUGAAGUUUGAUAACAAUGCUAAUGGUACACAUGAAGAAAUGGAGUCACAAGCUUGA